AUGACAGCGGUAGUUAAAUCCACGGGAUUGCCGGGGAAAUGGAGACAGGCCGAAAGCCAGACCGCAUGGGAUUCGUGGAAAUGCCCCGAUGCAGCUAGUCAGGGUCGGCGUAGUCGGCAGAUCCUGAGCCGAAUGACUGAUGGCCAGACCGAGAUCCUCGCUUCAGGGACCACCUGGGACCCCCAGGGACCCGCUGGACUGCCAAUUGCCGAUGUGUCAUCCCGAUGGGAGCCUGCUACCAGUGGAUACCAGGUCUAG